CCUAUUUUCAAACCAAUAGCAGGCCUAGUUCCAACCCAAUUAUUAAAAAUUAAUACAUUGUUUUUGGCUUAAUUUGUGUGACAAAUUAUGUUGGGCUUGAAAAAAGUUAUGAAUGGAAUUUUUCAAUGAUUUUUUUUUUUCUUUAAUCUUGGUUUAUUUGCAAAAUUAGAAUUUCAUUUAUAGACAAAAAUAGAUGCAGAUCUGGCUGAGCAGUGUCUAUCUCAAAAUACACUAAAACCAAUAUAAUUGUUGUUCUUUAUAGAAAAUAUCAAUUCAGCAAUAAUUGUUUCCCAGCUUCCCCAGUUAUUUUAAACCUGACCUUAAUAUUUGUUGUCCUUGCAGGCAAAAAGAUGCCACCAAAGAAGAAACGCAGAGGUGGAAACUCAAACUCUAAAUCUGGUGUGGCUAAAUGUUACCUACAAGAAAACUUUGGAUCCUUCCCUACAGCUGCUGAGGAAGUUUUGACUGGUCACAUUCUUUACGUUUAUAUGACAUCUGGGGAGUUCAGCCGAGCAGAAUGCGACAGACAAUUGAGGGCAUUAAUCAUGAAUGAACUUGACAUUACCACAGGAUGUUGUUACAAGGCAAACAUAAAAAAGGUGGUCUUAACCCUAGAAAAGUAUCGAAACUUGGGGAAUCCAGAGCAAUUUAGAAAAUUCAAGCUAGCAUGUGAGGAACCAUUCACAAUCAAAUUGCCUGAAGUGUCACCAGACUCUGUUGAUGAUGAGGUUGGUGAUGACAGCAUUCAACCUGGUCCAAGUAGAGAUAUUUGUCAUACUAGUCCUGAGCUUGGCCCCAUUCAUCUUACCUGGACAUCUACUCCUAUUACCCCAGAUGAGCCCUCAACUAUGCAAUCGACCCCGGACACCACAAGUUCCAUUACAAGAAGUCGAAGCCAGCUUUUUACACCCCGAAAACAGAAAUUUAAGCAACGCCUUGAGUUUUUAUCUGCCUCCUCUUCAAAGCAGAAAGAUAAGUAUAAAGGUGAGAUCAAAGACUUGAAGAAGCAACUGAAGACACCCAAAAGAAUCAUCAACCAAGCUCUUAAAAGGAAGAGCAGCAUCAUUGCAAGGAAGGAUAGCAAAAUACAAAAUCUUCAGAGACAAUUGCGUGGAAACAUACUUGCAAAUCAAUUGGCAAGAAAAAAAGUUGAGCUCACCACAUUACAAAAUGCCCACCGGAAGCUGAAAGUGUACAACUUAAAAAAGGCUAAAUACAGCGCCACUGUACCAAAAGCAAAAUAUCAACAGACUCUUGCUAAACUGAAGGACCUGGACGAGACCGUGAAGAGCUUGCAGCAAGACAAGCUGAUAUUAAAAGAAGUUAUCGAAGAGUCCAAGAAUACUGAAGGCACAAAGUCUAAAAUGGAUGGCAAAACUUACUCCUCCAGUAUGCGAAUGAGGGUAUAUCACUGCAUAACAAACAAAGUACCCACUGCUAAUAUUCCAAUACUUCUCAAGAAACUUGCUGAUCCUACAAAAGACGCCGAAGAAAGUUUCCCACAACGCAGUGCAGUAGAGAUGAUGGCAAGAGAACUUGGCAGCAUUGCAGACUUACAGACCGUGGAAGUGAUUUUACAAAAUAACUGUAUCACUUUGGGAUUUGAUGCCACUACACAGGAGGAAACACACGUUAAUUCUAUCCAUUUUACAACGAAAGAUGAAUGUGUCUGCGCUGCUGUGGAUGAGUUACCUGGUGGGACAGCUGAAGAUUACGCAAAACACAUUUGUGAAACAGUUGACCGUUUGAGUAAUGCAUAUGUUUAUUUCCAUGAAGGUGCAAGUUAUCCAGAAACUAGACAGAAUAUUAUUGACAAUAUCACAAAUACAAUGACUGACAGGUGUGCAAGCAAUCAUGCUGCAAUUAGAAUAGUAAACAGUGAAUGGGGAAAAUCACUGCAUGAAUUAAAUUGUCAUUUGCACCCAUUGGACUCUAUUGCAUCCUCAGUUAGAGCAGCCCUUAAAAAACUCGAGGAGGCUCGAGGAAAGGUUUUUGGUAAAGACUGUCUGGCUGCAAAUCUUGUUUUACAGAUUAACAAGCUUCGUUAUAAGAAUGGAAAAGGGGACCCGCGUGGGUUUGUCGCAUUUCUGGAUGAGAAUAAACUUGGCAGGGGCAUUCUUCCACGAUAUCGUGGGAAUCGCCUUCAUGUUCUUUUUCACAUUGCAGGCAAACUUAUUGAGCACUAUGACAUGUUUUUGCUUUACUUCAGUAGUGGGAGUUCAUGUGGAGGAUUGAGAACUGCAAUUCUACAGGACUUUAACCCUCUAAGGGUUAUGAACGCUACCUCAAAAUCUGAACUCCAUGUGAUAGGAUUGCUAGGAAAGAUGAUGACAGGCCCAUGGAUGAAGAAAUUUUAUACAUCAGCGUCAAAUGAAAUUAAUCAUGUAGAUGGUAUUGAUGUUGUCAGAAAAGUUAUUGAGAGAAUAAAGAAUUCCAUUAAUGAUCCUGAGGCCCUUCUACUUGCAAAAGACGACUUCUUUGGUGACGAGAUGCCUCUGGAUGAUACUUUAACAAAGCUGCGCCAGUUCCCUGUUGAUCCCCAGUUCAAGACCAUGAUGAAGGACUGUCUCCUGGCAGUGACAGCAGUGCUGGAACGACAGUACAGCAAGUACUUUACUAUUCAUAUAACCGAAAAGCUACGCGAAGAGACUGCAUCGGCAAGAUCCCAUAAUAUGGAUGCCGAAGAACUGAUGGGCAUGUUUUCGGCAUCCCAGAAGAAGGCCCCUAAUGCCACGAUGGACUAUCUGUCCUGCAGGAUGCGAGCAAACAAAAACAAGACGAUGUGUUAUUUGGAGAAACUGGAGGAGGAGGACAGAGACACCUUGCUUAAGAAAGGGAUAAAGUUUUCGAGGAGACAAAGGCAAAAGAGGAAGCUGAGCCAAAAGGAAUUACGAGCUGAAGUUAUCAGACAAGAAAAAGCACGAGAGCAUGCGCGUGAUACGAAAGAGAGAAAAAAACUUGAAAAGAUACUUAAAAACUCUGAUUUAGAAAGUGUGCGAAGGGACUAUCCCAACUUAGAUUAUGUAAACUUUGAUAAGGUGCAGGACGUCCUUGAUGGAAAAGCUGUGGGACAGAAGGCUUGCCACAUUUGGUCAGAAGAGGGAAAACUUGUUAUUUAUAAUGCCAAACUAGAGAAACUGAGAAUGGCCAAAAUGGUCUAUAAGGUGGCGUACUGGUCUCAGUCUGAGGAAUAUGAUAAUGCAAUAGACUAUGACAUGUCCGCAUAUUCACUAGCUGUGGAUGUGCUACAUGGUGACCUGAUGUUUUGCUAGUACAUGUAAGUAAAGCCGUCAAAGUUUUAUUUCCAUCAACCUAAUUAAUUAAUUGUCGUGAUUCUCCCGCUCUUACUGUCAUGGGGCCUUGGUGGCUAAGUGAUUGACAACGCUUGUACAUCUGCAAAAACAGCAGUGAUACAUUCGCUGGAAAUCACUUGCCUUUCACCACUGUGAUGUACUCCAGGGUUGCGCCCUGAUGAGCGUGAAGCUGGAUGUAUGACAUAUGUGAAAGACUGGCUAGCACUCGUCAAAGGUCGGUGGUUCUCCCUGGGUACUCCGGCUUCCUCCACCCGUAAGCUGGCAAGCCGGCAUAUAGGUAAAAUACUCUUGAGUACGGCUAUAAACACCAAUCAAACAAACAAACAAACAAACUAAUUAAUUAAUUAAUUAGGCAGAAAU